AUGCUGCUCCAGAAACCUGGCCGCAUAAAAAAACGAAAAACCCGGACUCAAAACCCAGGAGUCGUUUACAGUACGGAAAUCGACAUUUUUUCCUUUGGAGUCGUUCUCAUGGAGGCAAUAAAUGGACGAGAACCAAAGUGUGACCCAGAGUCGGCUUUUGAUACCGGUACGUAUACAAUUAUUCUGAUUUAUUGUAAAAUUGUUCCUACAUAUUAAAAUAGGUAAAUUAAGCCAUACGUUUAUGGGAAGACGCGAAAGUUAAAACACCCAAGGGCAUAUUAAAUCGGUGAGCUUCAUCACGCAAUUUUUCACUGGCGGUUUCUGAUCAAAAUCCCCUUACCAGGCUUAUCACAUUGAUAAUGAAAUGACACGACUCUUCAGAAAAGUGAAUACGAUUUUAGAUAUUUAAGAGAGUCUUAUCUUAUCUUCAUUUUCUUUGCUGAAAAAAAAAACAGCUGGCCGACGCAUUCCUGAAACGGAACGUCGCAAAGAUGACAUACGUCAGAUGGGCGAUCAUAGACUUAAGGGACUCGUGCUUCGCUGCAUUGAAGACAAAAGUGACGAAAGAUUAAAUGCCGAGGAGGUUGUAGACUGGCUCCAAAAAGCCAAGAUGUUAAAAAUUGAGUGGAAGAGGGCCGUUGCCUUGCAAAGAAAACCAAACCAGCCUCUUACUUUCAAAAUUAUCACACUUGGGGAAGUAGCGACCGGAAAGACCUGUAUUAUCAAACGGUUUGUCGAGCACGGCUUCGAUGAUACAGUGGCAUCAACUAUUGGUUUCGAUAUACGUUUUUCAAACAUCAAGGUGUAUGGAAGACAGUUUCAGUUACAGGUUGUCGACACUGCCGGACUAGAGGCGUUUUCAAGUGUACCUCCCUCCUAUUUACGGGAAGCUGUCGGCGUUUUGCUUGUCUUUGACGUAACUAAUAGACAGUCCUUUGAAAAAAGCAUUCCUGAAAUGCUAAACCUCAUUCACCCAGGUGAUGACAUAGAUGAUAAGAGAAUGAUCUUAGUGGGAAACAAAGCUGAUGAAGAUGACCGACGCCAAGUUGCUCGCAGACAGGCAGAAAAGUUUGCAGCAAAUCUUGGUGUGCUUUACUUUGAAACAAGUGCAGUAACUGGUCAAAAUAUUCAGAAGGUAUUUGAAGAGAUUACUAAAGUCAUCUAUAUCACAACGGACCUAACAAACACGAUUGUCAAGGAUGCUCUCGUACUUGAUGGCUCACUGCAAGCAACUACCAGAAGCAGAUGCACAAGGUGCUAA